AGGCAAUCAACUACCAAAAAUUCAAUAAUUAUAAAUUGGUGGCCACCUAUCCUAACAGCCAUGGAAGUGGGCACCAUCGAUGAAUAGAGGAGAGGACAAUGUCGUGAAGGACUGAUUAUGUCAGCGAUAGGUCAACCGUCAACCGCAGGGCAAGGUUCUUCUGUCAAUGAGCAAGAUCACCAAGUAUUACUUAGAGAUGUAUCCUUUCUUCUCAGCUACAAUUGGUCCGCGACAGAAGUAAUU